UCUCGCCGCUCUUCUUCUUCUAGAGUUUCUAAUGUAUUGUUCUUUUGUAGAUCUUGUUAGUUUAUGUAAUUAUUUGAUCUUUUCGCGAAGUUUGAGCUGAAGUGUUUGAAGUGAAUUCGAGUAGCUGGUUCGUUUACUUGAAUCUUCGAAGAAUCCUCUCAUAUUAGCUCCAAUUUUAAGAGGGAAAUGGAUCGCAUACCGUUGUAGAGUGUUGGCAGUUAUUGGAGUUUCGAGCUUUUGCUGCAGCGGGAAGCAGAAAUGUGAUUUUGAGGCACAAAAAGCAGAUCUGAUUUCGAAGUUGUGAUUUUGCUGCAGAAAGAAGCUACUGAGGAGAAUUUCAUACAGUUCUUCUCCUAAUAGCACUUCCUAUACAGCAUGACACCAUAAAUCAGAAUCAAACAGGCCCUUAGUCCGGUUUUUAAGAGGCAUAUCCCUUUGUCCCUUCAGUUCUCUAUUGAAAGCCCCAUGAAAUUUUAUGUGGAGUGUAUAAUUGGCUCGUAAGCUGCUGUCGGUGUAGUUAUUGCUUACUUGCAUGAUCUGAGAAUAAUUAUCCAACCUUUUCAUAUCAAACUUGAACAGCUAGCUAGUAGGAUUUGACAGUUUAAAGUACCAUUACUAAAUUUAUAGUUCUUAUCUCAUAGGAAAAUUCUAAAUUUGUCGCUAAGCAUAGAACUAUUUCUGUGUAAUUAGCCUGAAAUGUUCUUCUAUCAGAUAUUUCCUAUGGAUAAUGAAUAGGCUCUCUCACUUCAAGUGUGAGAAAUGUUUUUCAAACAAUGGGUCCUUCAAUAUACAGUGCUUAUGCUUGUUUAGAAAGCACGGGGCCGAAAUUGGGAUUUCAAUAGCCUGGAAAUGUUACGGGAUUAAGGAGAAAAUUUAACUAGGAUUUCAUGUUUGUCUGGCAAAAUCAAUGUUGCUAUUAACACGUUGAGCUCUUGAAAUUUUUACUUAUUGGAGGAUGUGUAUGACACUUUAUCUUGGCAAACCCUACCAUACUACAUCUAUGUUGCCAUUAGCGUGAUAAACUCUUGAAAUCUUUACCCAUUGAACAAUGUGUACAGCACUUAUUUGAGCAACCCGUAUAAUACUGCAUCAUAAUGGGUAAAGUUGAAUUUCAAUUACGUUAACUGUGCAAAAUGAAAAUGAUUGUCGUUCCCACUUCGUAAAAAUGCAUGAUAAAAGUCACUAACUGCUGGCUCUAGAAAGCAGUUGAGCUACUUCAAUUCUCGGUUCUAAAGAGAAGGAACAAACUCUUAAUGGUUAUUACAUUUAGAUUUCUUUUAAAAUGAGCUGCUUUAAUUGUGAUUUGCUUCUCCGGUUCUGAAAAUUAUAAAUUUUAACUAGAGAAGUAUACUGGCUACAUGUUUAAAAAACCGUCCUUUAACCCAUUCUUUUUUAAUUUUGUGGAUAUCAUUCCACUGUUGUUAAGAUGCAUGAUGCUUUUGUGUUGCUCCAUUUUGUAUUAACUAGUAGCUUUGUUACAAAGCACACAGACACUAUAUGUUCUCCUCUUUUCUUUUUCUUUUUUCAUCGAUCAGAUUUCGAGGCUUUUUCAUAUGGAAUGUGGAGGCAUUAUUCAAAUUGCAAACCUGCAUCUCCAAUUAAGCUCAACAGCUUUAGAUCAGCAAUAUAUCCAUUUUCUACUUCUGCAAGAUCUGAAGUUGGUGAAAGCAAGAUUAGCAUCGGACCCAAAACCAAAGAGCUCGAAAAGGAUGACGAAGAUGCUAAUGUUGUGUACCGAGGACCUAUCUCCUCAACCAUAAAGAAAGUGAAGCUUCUGUCUCUCUCGACGUGCUGCCUUUCUGUCUCUCUUGGACCAGUCAUAACAUUCAUGACUUCACCCGGCAUGAACGUAAUCUUAAAAGGUUCAGAUAGCUUUGAGGUGGUGAUGAUGUCAUGGCUGGCCACACCAAUCUCGAAGACAAUCAAGUUUGCUGAUGUGGUGCCGCCGGCAACCAACCGGCCGUUUGUUACCUUCAAGGCGGAUGGUAGCUUCUACUUCGUUGAUGUUGAGCAUUUCCACAACAAAGCCUUGUUGGCGAGAUUGACACCUGAUAAUCGGGCUCAUCAAUCAGCUUUCAAGAACCUUUAAUUGUGGAAAUUGGAUGAUUUUGUUCGACAUCAACUUCGUUUUUUUGUCAAGGCACUUUUAUAUACUGUUGUAAUAAAAAGAACAUAUGUUAUAUCUCGAGGAUAUCUGAACAAGGUACGAACUGUUGUUUUAGUUUAGCAGAACUUUCGGAGAGCUCAAGCCCAAAUGCUGAUUGCCGCGAGGGUAGGGUACUAUUAUGUCUUUUUGGUGUGUCUUUCAUCUAAUUCACGCUGGUUGUCUAUUUUGUUUGCCCGUGCUGAUUAAGCGCGACUGAUUGUUUGAUAAACAUGUUUGCCUUGUUUUAAUGUGUAUACAUAUACGUA